UUUCAGGGCUCGUCGCUACUGGUUUAAUUUCCCACUGUGAGUCGUGAAAUCGCAACAAGCGGACACGACUCACAAAUUUAAAAAUUAUCAUUUGGUAAAUCAACGAAAAAUUGGUUAACCCAUGAAACUCAACCAAUAGUUAUAAUAUAUGAAGUAAAGAUGAGGGAUGGAUUGAGUAUAUCGUCCUUGGCGAGUCCACAUGACCGCUACAAAAUCGAAAAGAAACUUGGAUCUGGAAUUUUUGGAAAAGUUUUUCAAGCAACAGACGAUCAAGCUGCAGGCAAAGCAGUUGCUGUAAAAGUAAUUACCUUAACAGAUUCAAAAGAACAACACAUUCAAGAUGAAUAUAAAAUCUUAAGAGAUUUCACUAAACAUCCAAAUAUUAUUGACUUUUACGGCGUGUUCUGUGAACGUUCUGAAUACGCUAAGAAAAUAUGGUUCGUUGUCGAGAUUUGUGAAUUCGGAUCUGUCAUCGACAUUGUCAGAAAAUUGAAAGCGGCGGACAAAAAAAUGUCCGAGGAACACAUCGCUUACAUCCUCAAAUAUACGAUCAAGGCACUCGUAUAUCUACACGAAAAUAAAGUGAUGCACCGCAACAUAAAAGCUAGCAACAUUUUGAUAAAGAGCAAUGGUGAAAUAAAAAUCUGCGAUUUUGCAUUAUCAUGUAAACUUAAUGAUGCUCUCGAUAAAACGACAUCAUAUAUCGGCUCGCCAAGCUGGAUGGCACCUGAGAUUGUUAUUGGAGGCGAAGAAGGGUAUGAUAACAGAGUUGAUGUCUGGGCACUUGGAAUUAGUACAAUCGAAAUGGUUGAUGGUAAAGCACCUUUCGAGGAUAUGCAUCCUACCGGAGCGCUGUUCCAAAUUGUCAGGAACCCUCCACCAGGUGUUGCAAAACCAGCGAUGUCAUCCAACGAUAUUAACGAUUUUAUUAACGAGUGCCUUGAAAAGAAUCCAGAACAUCGGCCAUUCAUCAUGGAGUUGGAGGAACAUCCAUUUAUUCAAUCCGUCCCAGAAAAUGACUUCCAUCUAUCCACUGAGAUAAAAAUGUUAGCGAAUGAUCUUCAAGAAAAAGAAUUACCACCAAAAAAACCUGAACGUAUCAUAAAAGACGGUCUUCUGAUCACUCAAGGAAGACACGAACCAGAAACCAUGCAAGUAGAAGAUUUAGCGGCUUUAGAAUACUUAUCUGAAGAAAACAUUUUAACAGAAAUUCACACAAAAUUAGAAAAGGGCUCAUUUAUGUCUUUUAUUGGCGAUAUAUUGCUCAUUCUAAAUCCUAAUUCUACUGAUGACAUUUAUAAUGAAGAGUAUCAUAAAAAAUAUGAGUGUAAAUCUAGAUCUGAUAAUGAGCCCCAUAUUUUUGCUGUUGCGGAUAGCGCAUAUCAAAAUGCUUUACAUCACAACGAACAACAGUAUAUUGUAUUUUCUGGGGAAAGUAAAUCUGGCAAAACAACAAAUGUUCUUCAUGCGCUAUCCCACUUAACUUAUUUAGGCGCUAUGAAAAAUAACACAGGAGAAAGAAUAAAAAAUGCAACAACAGUUAUAUUAGCCUGCAUUAGUGCUGCCACUCCAAUACAUUCUAACUCAACACGAGGAAUAUUCCAUAUACAAGUGACAUAUGGAAGCUCAAGUAAAUUAAGCGGUGCUAUAUUUUGGUUAUAUCAACUCGAAAAAUGGAGGGUGUCAUCUACUGAUAUGUCACAUGCCAAUUUCAACAUCAUGUAUUACUUCUACGAUUCGAAGGAAGCUGAUGAUAAAUUGAGUGAAUUCAGCUUGGAGAAGAAUAGAAAACAUCGAUAUUUGAGAAUUUUAGACGAAUCAGUAAGAGGCGUUCAAGGCGCACGUGAAAAUCCAAAAGAUUUGAAUGCAAAACGCUACAAAGACAUUGUUGAAUAUUUAAAAAUGUUGGAUUGGCAAGAAGAUGAAAUUAAAUUUUUCGAGACUGUACUAGCAGCAAUACUCGUACUUGGAAAUGUAAGAUUUAGAGAUGGGAAAAAUGGUUCUGCUGAAAUAGAAAAUCCAGACGAAGCUAAGAAAGUUGCAAAGUUAUUGUCCUUGGAUGAAGUAAAAUUUUUGUGGGCUCUACUCAACUACUGUUUAAUAGAGAAUGGAUCUGCUGUUAAGAGGAAGCACUCCACUGAUGAAGCUAGAGAUGCUAGAGAUACGUUAGCAAGUACUCUAUACAAAAGGCUUAUUGAUUGGAUGAUUAAUCUCAUCAAUGCAAAAUUAUCAUUUAUGCGAUCUGUCUUUGGUGAUAAAUAUUCCGUCAGCCUAAUCGACAUGUUUGGUUUCGAAUGCUAUCAUAGAAAUAGAUUGGAACAGUUGCUUGUAAAUACAACAAACGAACAACUCCAGUUCCUUUACAAUCAGAAGAUAUUUGCUUGGGAGAUGCAGGAAGAGGAGGAAGAAGAAGUGCCAGUUUUGCCACUUCAUUACUAUGAUAAUAAAAACUCGGUUGAUCAGCUAAUGGCAAAACCUCAUGGAAUAUUUUACAUACUAGAUGAAGCAAGUCGCACUGGUAGUGGACAGGAAUUUAUAAUGAGUACCAUACGAGCAUCCUGCAAAGGUCCAUACGUAAAACUAGCUGGAAGUCACGAAUUCAGUGUUGCUCAUUAUACUGGUAAAGUCAACUACGAUACCAGGGAGAUGGCUGAUAAGAAUAAAGAUUUCUUGCCUCCUGAAAUGAUUGAGACAAUGCGAGUUUCCACGAAUGCUACGAUGCAGCAACUGUUUAAAAAUAGGCUCACAAAAACUGGAAACCUUACUCUUGCACCAUGCGAAUCUUCUGCCAAUCGAACAAAAUCACAGAAAGAAAUGGAAAAUAUUAAAGCACGGAAAUUUAACACCGUGUCCAAGGGCCAAUACUCGCAAGUGCGUCGAAUGAGGACAGCCGCUGCUACCUACAGAGUGACAAGCUUAGAAAUUCUGAAACAACUGUCAGCUAGUGGUGGAAUACACUUCGUUAGAUGCAUCAGAACCGACUUGAAUGAUAAUCCCCGCGGCUUCCAAAGCGAAGUUGUUAAGCAACAGCUGAGAGCUAUGGCAGUUUUGGACACAGCAAAGGCUCGUCAAUGCGGUUUCUCCUACCGUAUUCCAUUUGCUGAGUUUAUUCGAAGAUAUCGUUUUCUUGCAUUUGAUUUCGACGAAAAUGUGGAUGAGACUAAAGACAAUUGCAGGCUUUUAUUGAUUCGACUUAAAAUGGAAGGCUGGGAAUUGGGAAAAUCAAAAGUAUUUUUGAAGUAUUACAAUGAAGAGUUUCUAUCCAGGUUGUAUGAGACACAGGUCAAGAAAAUUGUAAAAGUGCAGAGCAUGAUGCGGACAUUCUUAGCAAAAAGGAAGGCCGUGCAAAAUAAAUCGAAAGUGAUGCAUAUCAAGGAGUUGAAAAAACAGAAGUCCGCCGCAAUGAAUGACGAGGAAGCUGCUUUAGUGAUACAGAAAGCAUACAGAGGAUUUGUCGUUCGCAAAGCAUAUGGUCCGCUUGUCAACAAAUCUACUGGACAAAUAGACGAAGAGACGUCGUCUUUUCUGAAGCGCUUUGCGAGAAAGUGGAAGAGCAGAUCGCUGUUCCAAGUGCUGCUGCAAUAUAGAGCAGUGCGGUACCAGGACUUAGUGAAUCUGUCCCAACAGAUACACAUUUACAACCAAGCCCUCGUAGAAGGCUUACUAAACACAAACUCCUCUGUAUUACUAGAGCGCAUAGAUCCUCACGCCAAAAAAAACUUCCUCGGAGACCCCCGUCCCACAGUUUGGAAACUACCCUUCCGACUUGACGAAAUCCAAUAUUUCGAUACAUCGCAUAUGUGUGAUCCCAAAGUCAAAAGCAAUGACACAUUUGCCAGUCAAUACGAUUCCGACCACGAGCAGUGGGACGAACCUUUCAAACAUCGGUUUAGUUCUUCAGGCUCAACGACGAGCAGAACGACGAGUACACAGACCCUCCUUAGCGUGCCGUUCUGCAGAGAUCCAACGCAGCCCAUGCCAAAGCUCCCCGACGAACCUAAACGCGUGGAGUAUACGCCAAACAGACCUGUGGUCUACAAAAAGAAAUACGUCACUUCUUCCCAGAAAUUUUACCAGCCACCUACACCUUGGGCGUCCAAUAUGGACGAGGAUUCUGAUAAUAUACACAGGCGCAGAGCUAGCUAUGGGGUCGAUGCUGACGCUUGCGAUCCAAUACGCGAACUGCAAGCUCUGGCUAAAUCUUCUGGGGAAGGAAACGACGAUGACAAUCCCCCGUUCAAUUUUCAAGCUAUGUUGAAAAAGACGCCUAAAAAUAGAGCGUCGAUGAAGCGAUACGGGGAAAUGGAAGACAUGCUUGAAAGGAAGCAAGCUCCACCCAAACGACUUAUUGCACCGAUGGGUCAGACAAAUGCUUACGGACCAAGGCGUUCAGAAACAGCUGGAGAUCUCACAUACAGUGCUAAAUCUCCGCCUCCAACCCCAACCUCGCCUCAUGGCAGACACACAUCUAGUAACUAUAAGAAUAAUCAAAAUUAUAUCGACAACAGAGACGAGAAAGUUGAAAUAGCACCGGGUAUUUCCGUAGAGGGCACCGUGACUGACUUGUAAAAGAAAAUUCUUUUGACUUUCGUAAAAAUAUAUUUGAAUCUCGUUCUUAAAUCUAAUUACUCUAAUAUCAUGGUGUUACAUAUACAUCUGACAAUUUUAUUGUUAAAGCCAUAAGUUACGUGUUAAUAGGUCAAUAGAUUGUUGUAUCAAAAUUGGAAAUUUUCGUUCUGAGUAUGAAAAUAUAACCUCUAUUCAAUUAAUUGCUACUCACAUUUCAAACCGCGACAUAUUCAUGACAUCAUACAAAAAUAUAAUAUGCUUUUGACUAUAAUUAAUCUUAAUAAAUUGCUUUGGUAACUUAUUAUUAUGAGUACUUAAAUACUAUCUAUUCUUAAUUAAGUGGUCGUGUUCUUAUAA